GCCGUGCUCCAGGUUUCCAGGAAUUGUGCUCAGUAGUUUAAAAAUUUCCGCUAGCUACGGUCGUUGGGUAAAACUUCUGCGCCAAUAAGUAUGACGGCUGCAUCGGUGCCGUCAGCUUUCGUCACGUCAUGCGUGGAGCGUGGGCUGGAGGACGGCUGGCGGAGUCACGUGGCCGUGAGAGGGCUGAUGGCGGCUUACGGUGUCGUGCAGUCAGUCUACCUAAAGUCUGACGCGUGCUACAACUACGUCGUCGAUGGUCUUUACAUGAUGUGCCCGACUCUGCCGCUGGUGGUGGCGGGAGUGACGCUGGGUUUCUACUGGAGUUUCGGCGAGAGCGACCAGCGGCACAAGUUCGAGACCCGCAGCGCACUCAUGAGAGAGCAUCGUAAAGACGAGGCUGAGAAACGCCACAAGAAACGCGUCAAGGCCAUGAAGAUUAGAGGGUAUCCUGAAGCAGCUUUCAAGAAAGAGCAUAGGAGGUAUCUGGAGGAAACGCACGAAGGGAUAUUUGGCUAUUAAAUGCUAUGUUGAAUGGAAUUUGUUAAUAUUUAAACGUUUAACUCUGAAUGAAGUAUAUGUAAGUUUACCCGGUCCUCGUCAUAACAAAGCAUUACAUGAUGCCUCCGAAACUUGCAUUCGUUUUUGAGGCAUUGUCAUUUUAAUAUCGCAGGUGAAAAUUAAAGACAAUUUUAUCUAGCAAAUGUAUUAUAAACCUUAUGAGGAUGCAGCCAUGUGUUGGUUAUAUUCCUAUCAAUUCGGCUACAUAGCUCGAUUUGAAAGAAUUUUUAUCAAUCUAAUCAACUCUUCAAAAAUAAAAAUACUUGAAUAUGGGCUUCAUUGGUCAAUUGUUAGUAAAAACUGUUUUUAGGACCGGUUACAUUUCCUGAGCAAGCACCUGACCAGUAUAUACUCAAUUCUCGCGGGCCUCUGUCACUGGUGAAUAGAAAUGAUACUCGAAAGUUUGACUUGCUGAUACAGUAUUUAAAGGCUUUAACUUGAAAGGUCAGCUUUCAUGAAGCAGAACGCGAGAUAUAGUAGGGCCAAUCAACGUAGAUUUGCCGUGCUUUAUUCCUGAAAUGCCUUUACAUCAUAUCCUGCUGAGAAAGGCGUAAAAAAAAGUCAUCAUUUAUACCCAACAAAUGAUUAUCUCGUCUUAAGGAUGUUAGUUCGAGAACAAACUGAAUAUCAUUAUACAAAAUACGAAGGUAUCUAGCAAAAUUGACUCAUUUCAAAAUUUAAUCACA